CCGUCAGGGACGUUGACGGAUUUAGCUCAAGUUUUCUAAACCAAUUCGCAAGUGUAAAGGCCCAACAAAAGUCUUACUUUACUCUGAUAGGCAUGCAACAGAAAGAAGGAGAAUUAUUGAGGGAUUAUGUGGCGAGAUACACACGGGCGUGCGUCGACGUCCCCUCGGCCACUGAGGAAAUCAAGUCGGGAGGACUCACUAGAGGACUACUCCCAGGAUUAUGCAGAAACUCCUUAGCAAAACGACCCGAGAGGACGUUCGAUGAGGUUUUAGGAAGGUGCGCCAAAUACAUGAAUGUCGAGGAAGCCGAAGCCGAUUUUUUGCAAGCAGCUAAAGCAAAAAUUGAAUCUCGGGACGAGAAGAAGGAUAAAAAACCAAUCGCGGCGGUUGAAAGGAAAGGAUCCCCAAAGUCAGAAAGGGAGGGACGAUCAAGGGGAUGGAGGACCACUCAAUAUACCCCACUGUUGGCCUCGAAUGCAAGGAUAUUGGAGGUAAUGGAGAAAGAGAUCCACGAAAAUGUUGUCAGGUGGCCACGGACGAGAAAGGAUGGACCGGUAAAACCUAAAAGGGAUUUGUAUUGUCGAUUCCACAAGGAUUACGGGCAUAAUACUGACGAGUGUCGGCACCUAAAAAAUGAGAUCGACAGACUAAUCAAAGUGGGCCAUCUGAAGGAGUUCAUUUAUAAGGAUCGAGAGCGAACCAGUCGACGAAGGGAGAGAAGCAAAAGCCCUCGCAAAAGAGCGAGGACACCCGACAAAGAGGAGCUCCCGCAGAAAAGAGGAAUAAUUCAUAUGAUAUUCGGAGGGCCGACCGAUGGAGAUUCAAAUCGAGCCAGAAAGGCAUAUUCUCGAGGCCGCCUCGGAAAAAUUGAAGUGCAGCAGGUUGAGGAAAACGGCCCGGUGAUGAAUUUUGGGCCAGCAGAUAUGGGAGAGGUCGAAAGACCUCAUAAUGAUGCUCUAAUGAUCACUGCUCAAAUAUCAGGCUAUGAAGUGCAGAGGAUCUUCAUCGACACGGGAAGCUCGGUGAAUGUGAUCUUUUACAAUUGCCUUAAACCGAUGGAACUCGACAUCGAGCUUACGCCCCUGCACACCUCACUUUUUGGAUUUAAUGGCUCGGAAGUCGCACCCCUAGGAGAAACCACGCUCGCUGUCGUCCUCGGGGAAGGCGACUUGAGAAAAGUAAAGAUGGUGCGAUUUGUUGUAGUCGACGUCGAGUCGGCCUAUAAUUUGAUUCUAGAAAGGCCAGCGCUCAACACAUUCCAUGCUGUAGU